AUUAUGUUUAGUAGAAGAAGAAGAAGAUUGUUGACGUCACACGGAGAGCUCAUGAUGGCGGUUGAUUUGACUCCUCGGUUCAGAAGGUUGAACAGCCAAACAAGAAGUUUUCGUGAGAAUAUACAGCAUGGUUUCUCUGGGCCCUUCGGCGCCACCCAGCUGUGGCACAACAUCAUCCAGGCUCUGCAAACUCAGGUGGAGGUGCGCCGCUGUAGAAGGCAUCUCCGCGUUCAUGCUGAAUGCUUCACAGGCUCGGACGCCGUGGAUGCCGUCCUCAGUUAUUUGAUGCAAAAUGUGGUGUUCUGCACAAGCGAAGUGUCUCGACUCAAAGCUGCCCGGCUCUGCCAGGCUCUGAUGGAGGCCAAGGUGUUCGAACCAGUGGGCACAAAGCUGUUUCGCAGAGACAAGGAGGUGACCUUUGAGGACAGCAGCUGCAGCCUUUACCGUUUUCUGGAAUAUAAAGUGUUACACAAUUCUGCCAUGGAGGAGUGCAGCAGCGACACAGAGAACACGGCACCAGAGGAACGGGAGAUGAAGAGGAAGAAGAGCUCUAGGAUGAAGGAACUGAGGACGAUCUCUAAUCCCCUCGCUGUUGGACCUUCAGACAGGAGGGUUGAGAGGCUGCUGAAGACCAUCAACCUGCGACCAACCUUAUCUCAAGCUUUAAAAACACCCCCCACUACCUCUGCCUUUCUGUCCAAAGCUGUGGUGGAUGAGGUUUGGAAGCAGCAGACACUGCUGCAGCUGCUGCAGACAGUAGAGGUUCCCAUGCUGGACUGCAUCCUGACUUCUCCUGCUAGGGGUCAGCUCCAGGUCUGCAGAACUCCUCUAGCAGCUCAGGACCUGGUUAUAUCUAACACAUGCCUGGAGAGAGAGCUGCCAGACACCCUUAACCUUCCACAGUUGGAUGGCUGGUUAUCGGCAGCGGCAGACUGCUUGGAGCUCUUUCCCGACCAGCUGAUCGUGGUUGCAGGGGAACAGCUCAGCCAACACGGUGGUGGUGCCUUUUCAGAAGAUGGCAAGGCAGAGCAGAUGGAAAGCCAGAAGAGACUGCUCUUUGACACUAUUGCCAAGUACUACAGUGGACAGGAAAAACCUCCACUUCUCUCAGGACACCACCUGGACAUACAUGCUGCCAUUCUGAAUUUGCUGGAUGAAGGGAAGCUGCAGGAGGCUGUCAAAGCAUCUCAGUUGUGUUUGCGACUGCUGGAGACGAGCGUGAGAGAUGAACUGAGGAGACUUCUGGCUUUCAUGGACACAGCAGCUCGCCCAGAUGCUUAUCGUCUUCAGAAACAGAUUAAUAACAGGGCCUUGGUCUGCCGCACUUUUCAAAGGGCGAUUGUUCAGAAUAAUGAACUCACUCGAACCCAAAGUGAAAACAUGGUGCUGUUUCUCAUGGACAAUAGCACUGAGCUCUUCAAGAGUCCUACCUCCCUUAUUGAAGCUGUGAGGAAGACACUGAGGAGAAUGCAGCAGGGAAAAGACCCCGACUCAAUUGCCACGUUCACCUUCUGCCAGCAGGUGACACCACAGGAGUAUGAGGACCAGAGAGAGGCCACCACCCUGGAAAGCCUCAAACAGCUCCUCUGUGACAUUUCUUCCAGCAGAAGCAUGCCUGUGAAGGAGAGGAGGAGGCUGCUCAAAGAGUUUGAAAAGCAUCACCCCGUGGUCUUCCUCCAGCAUCUCUCCUGCACCUUCUGAAAUGUGCAACUGAAGGAUGUUGCUUCUGCUUCCUGGAUGCACUUCACAAGGCCAGUAUGCAGUGGUACAGCACUUAGGAGGAGGAUGAUAAUUUAAUUAAACCUGCUGUCUUUGUAAUUUUGGUUACUUUGAAAACUGGCACUCAGUCACACCUCUAAUCUCACUUAAUGUUUAGAUUAAGAGAGGUAUUGACAGCCUCCCCAAAUUCCUUUUAAGUCACAAGAGGCCUUUAAAAGUUUUAUUUGAAGACAUACUGUUAUGUCUUUUCUCAGUUUUGUUCUUAUACUUCUCAUUGUCCUGUAGCACCAGAUGCAUUAUCUGUCAGAUAAAUAUAGCAAUCUGAUGAAGCAUUAAUUAUAGGCAUAAUUAUAGUAGUUUUGCACUUGUUUAUUAAUGAAAUAUUGUGCAUGACACUAAUCUUUUGUUGUGAAGAUUAUUCAUGUUGUUUGUGUUGUGUUGUGCCAUAACUGUAGAAUACCGCACAGUAAAUGUGAAGUUUGAAAACUUAAAAGGGAUUAUUGAAAACUAGUGAACAGCUCGUGGACUAAUGAAUAUUCCUUUUGUCUGAUGGAUCAAACUAAUGUGUUGUCUUGAAGAGGUAUUUAUGUGGUUAAUUUGGGGCUUUGAAGAUGGAAGGUUGGUUUGCAGAAGUAAUGCUGUGCACAUUUGAUCAAGCAUUAAUAUUUCUGCAAAUGAAGAACAACAAUAUUAUAGCAGCCAUUUUGUUUUGUUGUGUUUUGGGUUUUUUUUUUUUUCAUUUUACGGUAGCAGCUGUAGGUUGGUCAAGGAUAAACACUGUUAAGUGCAACACUAAUGUAGCUGAAUAUUGGUUUAACAGUUAGAAAUGAAGAUCUCUGUGAAGAUUUUAAAAUGAAAGCUAAUAUGAAAUUAAAGCAGAAAGGGUACAAUAAUGUGUUAGAAUAACUGUAGCUCAGGUUAAUAUCAUCUGCUUCAUAUUAUUUUUAGAGGUUUAAGGAAGUUUUUAAUACCAGGAUCUUGGUCAAACUUUUUAUUGUAACUUUGUAGGAUUUUACUUGAAAGUUGGACAUUAUGUUUUUUGAUGGAAGAUGCAUAAUAAUGAUGACUUAUUUUAGCCUACUAAUUUAAUCUUUUGGUAAUUUAUGAAACCAACUUGUGAGGCCAAAAGGUAAUUUACAGUCAAAUCUCAUGUCAGUCAGCAUCAGACAUUGAAAUCAUGUUAAAAUGCACUUUACGAUGCUGCAACAUGCUUUAUUUUCUUUUGGAAUAACGAGGUUAAUAAAAGACUAAUUAAUGUUUUGUCAAACAAGACUUGGCUGUUAUUUCUUUUUGUGCAUGAGUAUUAGUGCAGUCUAUGGAUCCUUUGUGGUCCUGGAUCCAGAAGUCCUUGUAAAUUUUGUAUUACUGUAUUGUAUUACAAUGUCAAUGAAUUACUUAAUUUGUUAUUUUCAUAAAAAUCUGUGCUCUGCUGGUUAUGGUGUCCCACUGGCCCUGAGGCAACGUCCCCAGUCUUGUCUAUUAAAGUUUGUCAACGAUAAAA